GCUCCCCUUUUGCGCCUUCGUCUCUCUCGCCACAACCUCUCUCUCUCCUCUGCUCCACGCUACAGAACAGAACAAACAGUAGGAGGAGCGCUCUCCUUCGGCCGCGCGCGUCUGCGUCCGUCCCGCAAUGGAGGCGUGACUCGCGAGCGGUGGUGGGCGCGGAUAGAGGGGGUAGCGGGUGAGCAAUCUGCCGGGAGAGCGCCGACGCCGAGCCCAGCCCAGCCCAGGUCCAGAAUCUCCCGUGGUUGAGCAGUUUUUGUAGGCUACUAUGGGGAAGUCCCCAGCCAAGUGGAUAAAGUCCGUGCUCCUCGGGAAGAAAUCAACAAAAUCCAGUUCUACCAAGGCAAAGGAUCUUCCAGCAGCUGCAAACAGCAACGGAUAUACUGCUGGGAAGGAGCCUGAAUCCUCUGAUAAUUCUCCCCUCAUCUCGGAGCCGGUACUUGUUAGCUCCCACAAUGUGUCGGAAAUUUCUAACUUGCCCAACGGGAGGGCAAUCGAAAACAUGGUUAGAGUUGGGUCCGACACACAAAUUAGUCCAGAGAAACUGAGAGAAGAACUAGCAGCAGUGAAGGCGCAAGCCGCUUUUCGAGGUUACCUGGCACGCAGGGCCUUCCGUGCAUUAAAAGGUAUCAUCAGACUUCAGGCACUGAUCCGAGGGCAUCUUGUAAGGAGGCAGGCUGUUUCAACCCUUCAUGCAACAUGGUUGAUUGUGAAGUUUCAAACUCUAGUUCGUGGAAGAAAUGUUAGACUUUCUAGUGCUGCCAUGCAAUUAGGUGUGAAGUUUGGCCAACAUAAGUAUGGGGGUGACAAGUCAUCUGAUGCAUGGAAGGAGAAGCUAUCUUCACAUCCAUAUGUUCGAAAGCUUCUGUCUUCACCAGUUUUGGUACAAGCUCUUCACGUUCAGUAUGACGAGACGAACCCCAAUUCAGCCAACAACUGGCUGGAGAGAUGGACAAUAAGCUGCAUCUGGAAGCCUGUUUCCAAACCAAAAAUAGUUACUGACGGGAAACCACAAGUAAGGAGGGCCAGUUAUGCCAUGGAAACUCACUCAGCAAAGUUAAAGCGCAAUGUUCGGAAGUCUUCUACUGCCACUGUUGAGACUCAGGCAAAUACCGUUGAACCUGAAAAAUGGAAAAGAAAUCCACGGAAAUACAAUGGCUCACCUGCUGAUUCAGUACCAGACAGCCAGUUAUCUGAACUUGAGAAGGUUAAAAGGAACCUUAAGAAGGCAGCUAACUCCAUGGCUGAAGCCUCUAAGAUAUCUACCAAGGCUGAUGUGUCGAAGGUACCUAAUUCCAUAGCUGAUGAGCUGAAGAUAAUUGGUUCCAUGGCUGAACCAUCAAAAAAAUCCAGCAUACCGAACGGUAUCUCUGACCAUCAAGACAGCGAAUGCGAGAAAGCACUAGAGAGUACACGUGAGGCUCUGUUUCCUCUUGAAACUCAAGAUUCUCACAGUGGCAAUCUUUUGGAAAAUUCAAAUAUAGAUAAGUUGGUACCUGACACAAAAUAUGAUCUAGAAGCAUCACUCUUAGGGGACAAAGUUAAUGAACCCACUACUGUCGCUCAAGCAGAUGAAGUCAUGCCACUGCAGAACCUUGAUAAUGGAUAUGAUAUUAUAGAAAGGAAAGAAGAGACUAGGUCCAAGGAAGAACCUCUGCCUAAUGGAAGCCUUAAAACCAAGAGAAGGUCUUCGUUCUCUAAUUCAGAAUACCCUGAGAGUGGAACCAAGAAUACUCCAGUUCCAUCAAGGAAGCCAAGCUAUAUGGCUCCAACAGAAUCGUUAAAGGCGAAAUUGCGAGGACCACCCAGAUUAGACUCUGAUCUACCAGUGGACAAGAAUGCCUUCACUCGCCGUCAGUCUCUUCCUUCUGCUGCAAACAAUAGAGGAGUCAAAACAGAAUGGAAGCGGUGAAGAGGCUAUCAAGCUUCCACCAUAAGGGUGCAUUAUUGUGGAAGAAAUUUCAAGCUGUAUAAAUUGUUGAUUACUUUAUGAAGUCUGCUGCUGUCUACCUGUCUCUGCCCUUGUUGUUCUGUCUACGUUGUAAACAUAUGUUGUUACGCCCUUUUCGAACUAGCUUGUGGUCAUAUGUUUGGUGCUAUUUUUUCCUCGAGUUACCUUAUAGUUCCUCGGUCUGUGUAUUAAAUGUAUAGCUACUGUUAUUUGGCUCAUUUCUGUUUUGAUGACGACACAACAUAACUGAUUGCAUUAUGAAGCGCCAAAUUACAAGUUUGAA